AUGAUCAGCCGAGGGCGAAUCAAUAUUUACACGACGGUGAAACUGCGUGAGAUUCGAAACGCUCAAGUUAGCAACCAAAUGAUCAGCCGAGGGCGAAUCUAUAUUUACACGGCGGUGAAACUUCGUGAGACUCGAAACACUCACGUUAGCAACCAAAUGAUCAGCCGAGGGCGAAUCUAUAUUUACACGACAGAGAAACUUCGUGAGACUCGAAACACUCAAGUUAGCAACCAAAUGAUCAGCCGAGGGAGAAUCUAUAUUUACACGGCGGUGAAACUGCGUGGGACUCGAAACACUCAAUUUAGCAACCAAAUGAUCAGCCGGGGUCGAAUCAAUAUUUACACGGCGGUGAAACUGCGUGAGACUCGAAAAACUCAAGUUAGCAACCAAAUGAUCAGCCGAGGGCGAAUAUAUAUUUACACGACAGCGAAACUUCGUGAGACUCGGAACACUCAAUUUAGCAAGAAAAUGAUCAGCCGGGGGCGAAUCUAUAUUUACACGGAGGUGAAACUGCGUGAGCCUCGAAACACUCACGUUAGCAACCAAAUGAUCAGCCGAGGGCGAAUCUAUAUUUACACGACAGAGAAACUUCGUGAGACUCGAAACACUCAAGUUAGCAACCAAAUGAUCAGCCGAGGGCGAAUCUAUAUUUACACGGCAGUGAAACUUCGUGAGACUCGAAACACUCAAGUUAGCUACCAAAUGAUCAGCCGAGGGCGAAUCUAUAUUUACACGGCAGUGAAACUUCGUGAGACUCGAAACACUCAAGUUAGCAACCAAAUGAUCAGCCGAGGGCGAAUCUAUAUUUACACGACAGAGAAACUGCGUGAGACUCGAAACAUUCAAGUUAGCAACCAAAUGAUCAGCCGAGGGCGAAUCUGUAUUUACAGGGCGGUGAAACAUCGUGAGACUCGAAACACUCACGUUAGCAACCAAAUGAUCAGCCGAGGGCGAAUCUAUAUUUACACGACAGAGAAACUUCGUGACACUCGGAACACUCAAGUUAGCAACCAAAAUGAUCAGCCGAGGGCGAAUCUGUAUUUACAGGGUGGUGAAACUUCGUGA